CGCACCUCCUCGCGCUCUCAGCGGCGAGGCGGCGCCGCGCUGCGGGCGCUGCAGCAGGUACAGGCCAGGGCGAGGCGCGCACCGACAGCGGCCGGCGUCAGCCCCAGCGCCCGCCCACCUCGCAGCCGCAGCUUUUUCCUCAACGACGGUCAAACAAACCGGUUCAACUUCCAAGACGUGUUCCGGCCGUUUACGACGCCCGCCCCCCCAAACGCAGCGCGUCCCCGACUGCACUCCGGAGCCGGCCAUCAGCUGCUCCUCCUCGGCCAAGUACCGCACCAUCAACGGCCAGUGCAAUAACCUGGGUCAACCGCGAUGGGGCAGCCACUUCCGCGGGCUGCGGCGCCUCUUCGACAGCACGUACGACGACGGCGUGUUCGCGGCCCGCAGCCUGUCGGCGGCCGGCGGCCCGCUCAAGUCGUCCCGAAAGGUCAGCGCGGCGGUGUUCAACGUGGACAACAACCCGGCGCCGAUCUUCACCAUGUCCGUGGUGACUUUCGGCCAGUUCAUGGACCACGACCUGUCCAUCUCGCCCAUCUUCCAGCGCGAGGGACCCGACGGCAAACUGUCGCCGAUCGAGUGCUGUGACAACAAUGGCCUCGAGCUGCCGGCCAGCCUCAAGCAUCCGCAGUGUCUGCCCAUCUCCGUGCCCGCCUCCGACCCCUUCUACAAACAGUACAAGAUCCGCUGCAUGAACUUCGUGCGCAGCAUCCCGGCGCCCGACCCGCUGUGUCGGCCGCGGCCAGCCACGCAGAUCAACGAGCUCACCGGCUGGAUGGACUGCUCGCAGGUGUACGGCACCACGGACGAGAAGGCCCACGAGCUGCGGGCCUUCAAGGCCGGCCUGUUGAAGACGAGCGCCGGCAACCUGCUGCCGCGCGAGAUACCCCAGCCGGCCACCAACUGCACCGGCCGCGUCUGCUUCAUCGCCGGAGACGAGCGCGUCAACGAGAACACGCUGCUCACGCUGUUCCACACGGUGUUUGUGCGCGAGCACAACCGCGUGGCGCGUGAGCUGGCGAAACACCACAGAUGGACCGACGAGACUCUGUACCAGGAGGCGCGCCGGAUCGUGAUCGGCCAGUGGCAGCACAUCGCCUACCACGAGUGGCUGCCAAGCAUCGUCGGUUUCGCGUACGCGCACUCGGUCGGUCUGACCGGCUACCAGCCGAACGCCUACGUCCCGUCCCUCAACCCCGACGUCAGCAAUGAGUUCUCGGCGGCCGGCUUCCGGCUGCACUCGAUGGUGCAGGGCGUGAUCGAUCUGGUCUCCAGGAUCGGCUCCAUCAACCGCCGGCUCCAGCUCACCGACAACUUCUUCCAGCCGGACUCGCUGGUGGUGUCCAAAGUCUUCGCGGAGAUGGCGCGUGGCCUCACGCGCCAGCAGCCACAGACGUACGACCGCAGGUUCGAGCGAGCCAUCCACGGCAACCUGUUCAAAGUGGGCCCCGUCGGCCUGGACCUGAUGGCGCUCAACAUUCACCGGGGUCGCGACCACGGCAUCCCCACCUACGCCACGGUGGCGGCCCGCUGUCACAACAUCCAAAUCUCCGACUGGUCCCAUCUGCUGACGCUGCUGACGGCCCAGGACGUGGCGCGUCUGAAGCGCAGCUAUCACCACUGGCGCGACAUCGACCUGUUUGUCGGCAUCAACACGGAGCGGCCGGCGCCCGGUGCGCUAGUCGGCCCCACGGCGCGCUGUCUGAUCACCGACCAGUUCCUGCGCGCCCGCUAUGGCGACCGUUUCUUCUACGACCAGGCCGGCCAGCGGGGCAGCUUCACCACCGCUCAGCUGCGCGAGAUACGCAAGGCCAGCUGGGCUCGCUUGCUGUGCGACAACGUGGGACGUGGCUUUGACGCCGUCCAGCCGCUGGCCUUCAUCAAGCCCAUCAACUUCCAUGGCCUGAACCCGGUGGUUAGCUGCAGAUCGCCGCGCAUACAGCGGCUCGACCUGUCCAAAUUCUGAGACCAAUGUUAGAGGCUAACAUGUCUUCAGGGCCGUUCCCGUUCCUCCUGACGUGUGUGCGCAGAGCGCGUUUAGUGCUUAAGUUAGGGACACCGCACCCAGUGCCGUCCUCGGCCGGGAAUUACAUUUUCCGUUCAGUUUGUCACAACCUCUUGCCAUAUGGAUUAAUAACAAGUCAUCCAAGACAUGCGAUGUGGCGCAGUGGGCUAUCAAUUAAACGCCUUAUCUGAAUCACGGUAUUCACAAUUACCUCCGCGUGCUCCACGCGACAUGCGUAAGGCAUUGAGCUAGCGUUCCAAAGCCCUCGCCGUUAGACCACGCAGCUUU